UCGAAUGUCAUGUGCUUUCUCUUCCCUCAGAAAGUUUUUACUCUGUCUGCAGUCUGCCUGGUCCUGUCUGAAGUGUCUCCAUAGUAACUCAGCAGCAGGUCUCCAUAGCAACCCGUAGAGUAAGUAGCGGGUCUGGUGCCUCAGUACAUAAUUGACAGUGUACAGUGUCAGCCGCUCUUUACUACAACACAAACACGGGGUCUCGCAGUCGCUUUUGACUUUAUGGAGUCUCUGGCUGAUGCGCGCCGCCGCCUACAGGAUGCCGGACAGGAAGAGCUGCUGCGGUUCUGGGGAGAGCUCGGUCCAGAGGAACAACAGAGACUGCUGGGGGACCUGGCAUUGCUGGAGCCCGAGGAGCUGAAGGAGCACUGUCACCGGGCCCUGGAAGCCUACACCCGGGAGACCAGCUCAGCACCGAGCCUAGAAUUAAACAUGAGACCCGUGCCGCCUGAACGCCUGGGUAGCGUGAGCACAAGCUGCCCCCAGAAACUGAAGAGCUGGGAAGCUGAAGGAUUGCAUCAGAUCUCACAGAACAAGGUGGCUGUCCUGUUGCUAGCAGGCGGCCAGGGAACUCGCUUGGGAGUGACAUACCCUAAAGGCAUGUACAGUGUGGGGCUGCCAAGUGGGAAAACAUUGUACCAGCUUCAGGCAGAGAGGAUCCUUCGGGUUCAGCAUCUGGCUGGUGAGAAAUAUGGAACCAAAUGCACAGUGCCAUGGUACAUAAUGACAAGCGAGUUCACACUGAAUCCCACAAAGAAGUUCUUUGAAGAGCACAACUACUUUGGUCUGGAGAAGUCUGAUGUGAUAAUGUUUGAGCAGAGGAUGCUUCCAGUUGUCGGGUUUAAUGGAAAAGCCAUCUUGGAGCGCAAAGAUAAAGUGGCAAUGGCACCAGAUGGGAAUGGUGGCCUGUACCAAGCGCUAUCUGACAAUAAGAUCUUGGAGGACAUGGAGAGCCGAGGUGUCUCAUACAUCCAUGUGUAUUGCGUGGACAAUCUGGUCAAGAUGGCUGACCCUGUUUUUGUCGGAUUUUGUGUAUCGAAAGGCGCAGACUGCGGAGCUAAGGCAUAUCCAGCCGAGCCUGUGGGGGUGGUGUGCCAAGUGGAUGGCAUUUACCAGGUGGUAGAGUACAGCGAGAUCAGUCCCGACACUGCAGAGAAACGUAAUCCUGAUGGGAGUCUCACCUACAAUGCCGGAAACAACUGCAAUCAUUUCUUUACCCUGCAGUUUCUUAAGUCUGUGACAGUGGGUGAGAGAACACAGUCUGACCUAUCACAUUGCAAUAGAAGAAGGUCCCCCUAUGUGGAUGAAGAAGGUAACCUGGUCAAAACCCAUGAAACGAAUGGUAUCAUGGAGAAGUUUGUGUUUGACGUCUUUCAGUUUGCAAAGAAUUUUGUGGCAUUUGAGGUCUUAAGAGAUGAAGAAUUCUCCCCAUUGAAAAAUGCAGCCACUGCUGACAAAGACACAGCAACAACCGCAAGACGGUCCCUUCUCUGGCAGCAUUACCGCUGGGCUCAGAAGUUGGGCGCGCAGUUUCUAGAUGCACACGGCUGCAAAAUAAGCAUUUCUGAAUUGAAAGACCCACCAGCUAUAUGUGAGAUUUCUCCUUUAGUAUCCUAUUUUGGAGAGGGUUUGGAAGGUUAUCUAAAAAACAAGCUUAUCAGCUCCCCCUUUAUACUGGACGUGCAGAAGGCCAAAGUAUGAACCAACCAAGACAAGGAGGGUUAAGCUGUUCACAUUGUGAUGGGUUCAAUAGACUUUUACUUUGAAGGACUAUGAUGUGUAGCAUUCACUCCAGAAAUUGCCCAAAGAUGUUCCUAUAAAUAUGUGAAGUUGCAUUAUCUGCACACAACGUAUCUUUACCUUUUUGUACAAAAUUUUGCACUUUUACCUUUCCUCCAAGCCAUAAAGCCGUUUGUCUUAUAACCGUUUUAAAUGGAAUGUUAAAUUACUUAAAACAUGUUGGCAAUUUACGCAAAGUGAAAAAAUAAUUUGUCUUUAGAACUAUAAACCAUAAUCAUAAUCUGCAGAUACUUCCAAUGAUUAAAAAAGCAUUUGUUUGCAAUAUUUUUGAUAGGAACCAAAAACUGUAUUUAUUUUCUGUACCCUCAUGGUUGAUGGAUUUAAUCACACCAGCAGCAAAAACCUAUUAUUCAUUAGAAAAGGCAAAAACGGAUCGUAAGCUAAGAAGGGACCAUUGGAUCCAAUGAUUUCACUAAACUAGGGCACAGGUGAGAUAAUCAGCUGAUUAGUUACCGUGGUUACUAACCUGCUAAUCUGUCCUUUUAGUGGGUCCUGAGAACUUGAAUUUAAUCAGAACCUUAAGCUAAAGGGUUGUAUAGUGAGCCAGUGUAUUAGGACAGACUUUCUAUUAUUUAUGCAGUUUGUGGCAGCAUUGUAUAAGGAUGUAUGGGAUUUAGAGCCAUUACUGUGCAUCAUAGUUACAUGUAAUGCCGGAUUUCCUCAUGCCAUGAAAUUAAUACAGAACAGUAGGAGCCUAAAAGAGCUGAUUUGUGCAAUUGUGCUUAUAUUACAGGCAUAUUAACCCUUUCUUGACAGGGUCAUAAUGUCUACAUCGGAACAACAUUCCAAUAUAGACAAAUUAUAAUCCUGCUAUCGUGCACCCGAUCGCGAGAUUUCAGUUAUGGGAUCGGGGCAGGGAAUCGUCCAUAUGACACUAGCAACGCCCUCCAGACCGCGAUCACAUCCAGGAAGCACCGUUGGCUUCAAGACAGCCAAACGGCUAUGACGUAUUUCGUCCUAAUGGCGCUAAAGCCCAGCGCUGUUUGGACGGAAUACAACGCCAAAACUACGCUAAAAGGUUAAACAGUGCAUCUUUAGUAAAAACAAACAUGUUAAAUCAAAGUAAAGAUAAAAAGAAAAAAAUUGUGAAAAAAAACACACAGAAGACAACUUACUUGUUUUCUUGCAAAAUGAGCACUUAGAAAUUCUCAUUGUAGCCACUGCUCUUAGGGAGAUAAGCGAGGAGACAGCUUUUGCAUAUAAUGUGCGUGAGCAAAACACUUAUUGAAUAGUAGACUAGCUCAAGUUACUCUAGAAGAUUUAUGACAUCAAGCUAGAUAACCUUUCCUGUAGAGAUCAGUCUCUUUGUAGGGCUGUGAGAGGAAGUAAUGGACACUGUGCAGUUAAAUAGUUAAAAAAAUAAAAGAUAAAAUGAUUUUUAAAUGUUGAAAAAUCCAUAUUGCAAUGAUUUCUAUUAGGUAUAACCCACUGCUUAGUGCUUUGUUUUAUUUCAACAAUGAAAUAGACGGAUUAAUAUCCCUUUUAAAUAGGUUUUGCUGUUUCCUGAUUCAUAUGCAUAUAGGAAAUAGUUUCCUAAAUUUGGGGCUAUACAAAUACAUAUAUAAUCCAAUUGAACUGUAUUUCUGCACAAACAGUCAAUAUAAAAAAAAGCCUUCACUUUUACACAAAGUAAUCUCAUAAAGGAUUAUAUUUAACCAAACAAAAAAAAAACAUAAAAUUACUGCAUGAUUACAACACAUUUAUGCUGCUGAUAUUUUCUGUAUAAUCUACGAAUAUUUCAUAAACCCGUUCAUUGGUUUCCGCUUUCUAAAGGUGUAAUAAAUAGGAAGAAUGAAAGAAAGUA